GAGGGAAGGACGGACAUCUCCACAGACAGAGGGAAGGAGGGACAUCUCCACAGACAGAGGGAAGGAGGGACAGCUCCACAGUCAGAGGGAAGGAGGGACAUCUCCACAGUUAGAGGGAAGGAGGGACAGCUCCACAGUCAGAGGGAGGGAGGGACAUCACAGACAGAGGGAAGGAGGGACAUCUCCACAGUCAGAGGGAAGGAGGGACAUCUCCACAGUUAGAGACCCAGGAAGACGGAGGGACAGUCGGACAGAGGCAGGAGUCAGAGAGAGGCAGACCGAGUCAAGGAGUUCUCUCUCGGUCCCGGAACCCACCUGACGUUACAGGGAGUGCACCUUCGCCCUGGGAGCUACAGGAGACCUACAGACGAAGACCCGACUGUAUACAUAUCUAUUUAUAUUUAUUAAUUCUGGUUGUUCACACAGUCAGGGCCAAAAUUUGCCUCCACCCUUCCUUGAGGGUAAUGUCACUGGGAGAUCCCGAUGUUGUGUGGAAUGACCUCCUGCGGGCGGAAGGCCCUAACGCUCCUGAGUAGCGUGUUCGCUGUGUGUGGUCUGGGUCUGCUUGGGGUGGCCGUUAGCACUGAUUACUGGUUAUACCUGGAAGAAGGGACCAUCUCCCCCCAAAACAUGUCAGCAGAAGUCAAGGUAUCUCUGCACGCUGGCCUCUGGAGAGUUUGUUUUCUGGCAGGAACAGAGCGUGGGCACUGCUUCACCAUUGAGUAUGUGAUGCCAAUGAAUGUGCAGCUGACCUCAGAAUCCACAGUCAGUGUUUUAAAAAUGAUCCGAUCAUCAACCCCUUUCCCACUGGUCAGCCUGUUUUUCAUGUUCAUUGGCUUUGUGUUGAACAACAUUGGCCAUAUUCGACCUCACCGUACAAUCUUAGCAUUUGUGUCGGGAAUCUUCUUCAUUCUUUCAGGUUUGUCUCUGGUUGUUGGACUUGUCCUGUACAUAUCCAGCAUCAACGAUGAGAUGUUAAACAGAACCCCAGACUCCGAGAGCUAUUUCCACUACAAGUAUGGUUGGUCUUUUGCCUUUUCUGCCAUCUCCUUCUUGCUAACCGAGAGUGCCGGAGUCAUGUCAGUCUACCUCUUUAUGAAGAGAUAUGCUGCCGAAGAGAUAUACAGACCCCACUCCAGUUUCUACAGGCCAAGGCUCAGUAACUGCUCCGACUACUCCGGCCAGUUCCUGCAUCCAGACGCCUGGCCUCGUGGGCGCAGCCCCUCGGACAUCUCCAGUGAUGCUUCCGUGCAGCUGAAUGCCAACUACCCAGCGCUUCUCAAGUGCCCGGAUUACGACCAGAUGUCGUCCUCUCCCUGCUGAGCCAUGGUCCACCCCAAUGCGUAGCCUCUGAGCAGCCAUGGUAUCCCGGAUCUCACAGUCCUGUCCGUUGUUGCAAUGAGGAAAAUCUUAAUACAGACCAUAAGCUGGGCCUCUGGCUUCUGCAUUUUCACAUUCGCAAAGCACAAAUUAUCAGCUCACUGGAAGAGGGUGGUGCGGAGAGAUUUGGGGGGAGGGGAGGGGAACAAGAAAACAAGAUGAUGUAUUAUUUUGAAAUGUGUAUUUCUGUUUGCAAAUGGUGUUGACCACUCAAAUUUUGUAGAAUCCAGAAGCCAAAUUCUCCCCGAAAUGUUGUACAGUUUGGGAGGUGUCACUGGCGGUAAUAUCGCUGGACCAGAAAUCUACAGACUCAGGUUAAUUCACUGGGUCAUGGGUUCAAAUCUGACGAUGGCAGCUGGUGGAAUUUAAACGUGAUUAAUAAAAUAAAAAUAUACAGUUAGCCUUAGUGACAGUGACCAUCAUCCAAUGCUGUAAGAACCCACCUCAUCCGUUAAUGUCCUUUACAGAAGAAAACCCACCAUCCUUACCCAGUCUGGCAUACAUGUGAUUCCAGACCCACAGCAAUGUGGUUGAUUCAUGACUACCUUCUGAAACAUUCUCACAAGCUAUUCGGGGCAAUCAGGAGUGAGCAACGAGUUCUGGCCUUUCCAACCAGGCCCACUUUCCAAAGAAUAAAGAAAAUUAUUCAUACAGUGCACAGCACUGUGAGACAGAUUGACUCCCUGCAAAGCAGCCCACUGCGUCUAGAAUGUCAUGCUGUGAUGUUAAAUAGUGCUUUGUUUCAGGGGUUCCUGCAAUCUGGUCCUGAGCAGAUGAUUGACAGGCCGCUGUGGGACAAAGGGGAGUGGAAAUCCCAUUGCUGGGAUAAACUCGGUUGCCUAGGCAUGGUUGUCGGGAUUGGCUUUUGCCAGAUGGAGGUUGUUGUGAGGUGUUACCUAGAAGCACACAGGUUGGUAUGCGGUGUGACUACUACAUACUGAUGUGUUAUCCAAAUGCCUGAGAGGCAGUGAGACCAUGGCCCUCUACUAAACCCUCUCACGUCUCCCAUGAGUCACAUUUCUGGUGAAUUGAAACAGCUUAAAACUUGUCAGUUUUAAAUGCGACGAGAUUUUUUACUUGGAUAUUAAGAUAAUUCGAAUAUCUUCACUUUCAUCCAAUAGUGUCAUCUCAGAAAUAGUAGGAACUGCACAUGCUGGAGAAUCUGAGAUAAUAAGGUGUAGAGCUGGAUGAACGCA